UCUCUCUCCCCCCACCACCACCACCAUCUCCCUCCUCCUCACUUCCCACUCUCCCUGCUCCCACUUCCGCAGACCGCUUCUCUUAUGGUCUCAACCUAGCCACUACCCCUACAUGGACUCCCUGCGCCCGCUCCUCGCGGCGCCACUGCUGCUCCUCCUCGCGGCCGUGCUCACGGCCGCCGCCGACGACGCGCAGCUGCUAGACGACUUCAAGGCCGCGCUGCCCAACCCAACCCACGCCGACCUCCAACGCUGGACGGCCCGCGACGGCGCCUGCAGCUUCCCCGGCGCCGCCUGCCGGGCCGGCCGCCUCACCUCCCUCUCCCUCGCCGCCGUCCCCCUCAAUGCCGACUUCCGCGCCGUCGCCACCACCCUCCUCCAGCUCACCGCCCUCGAGCGCCUCACCCUCCGCGCCGCCAACGUCACCGGCGCCCUCUCCGCGGCCGCCAGCUGCGGCGCCAAGCUCCACGACCUCGACCUCUCCGGGAAUGCCGCGCUGCGCGGCUCCGUCGCCGACGUCGCCGCGCUCGCCGCCGCCUGCAGCAGCCUCAGGACGCUCAACCUCUCCGGCGACUCCGUCGGCACAACCAAACCCGCCGGCGGCGGCGGUUUCGCCGCGCUGGACGCGCUCGACCUCUCCAGCAACAAGAUCGCCGGGGAGGCGGACCUGCGCUGGAUGGCAUCCGCGGGCGCGGGGUCCGUCCGGCACCUCGACCUCGCCUGGAACAAAAUCUCCGGCGGGCUCCCGGACUUCGCCGCCAACUGCUCGGGGCUGCAGUACCUGGACCUGUCCGGCAACCUCAUCGCCGGCGACGUCGCCUCAGACGCACUCACCAGCUGCCGCGCCCUCAAGUCCCUCAACCUCUCCAGCAACCACCUCGCGGGCGCGUUCCCGCCCAACAUCGCCGCCCUGACCUCCCUCACGGCGCUCAACCUCUCCAACAACAACUUCUCCGGCGAGGUCCCCGCCGACGCCUUCACCAACCUCCAUCGUCUCCAGUCGCUCUCCCUCUCCUUCAACCACCUAACCGGCGCCAUACCCGACGCCCUCGCGUCGCUGCCGGAGCUCGAGGUGCUGGACCUCAGCUCCAACGCCUUCUCGGGCGCCAUCCCGGCCACGCUCUGCCAGGAGCCCGACGCCCGGCUCCGGGUGCUCUACCUGCAGAACAACUACCUGGCGGGCGCCAUCCCGGAGGCCGUGUCCAACUGCACGGACCUCGUCUCGCUCGACCUCAGCCUCAACCUCCUCACCGGCUCCAUCCCGGACUCGCUCGGCAACCUCGCGCGCCUCAAGGACCUCAUCAUGUGGCAGAACCAGCUGGAGGGGCCCAUCCCGGCCUCGCUCUCGGCCAUCCGCGGUCUCGAGCAUCUCAUCCUCGACUACAACGGCCUCUCCGGCGCCAUCCCGCCGGAGCUCGCCAGGUGCGCGCAGCUCAACUGGAUUUCCCUCGCCAGCAACCGCCUCUCCGGCCCCAUCCCGCGCUGGCUCGGCAAGCUCAGCAACCUCGCCAUUCUCAAGCUCAGCAACAACUCCUUCACCGGCCACAUCCCCGCCGAGCUCGGCGACUGCAAGAGCCUCGUCUGGCUCGACCUCAACAGCAACCAACUCAACGGCUCCAUCCCGCCGCAGCUCGCGGAUCAGUCGGGGAAGAUGACGGUCGGCCUCAUCAUCGGCCGCCCCUACGUCUACCUCCGCAACGACGAGCUCAGCAGCCAGUGCCGCGGCAAGGGGAGCCUGCUCGAGUUCUCCAGCAUCCGCUCCGAGGACCUCGGCCGCAUGCCCAGCAAGACGCUCUGCAACUUCACCAGGAUGUACAUGGGGAGCACCGAGUACACCUUCAACAAGAAUGGCUCCAUGAUUUUCCUGGAUUUGUCGUUCAACCAGCUCGACUCGGCGAUACCCAAGGAGCUCGGCAACAUGUACUACCUCAUGAUCAUGAAUCUCGGCCACAACCUCCUGUCCGGCCCUAUCCCGACGGAGCUAGCCGGCGCGAAGAAGCUCGCCGUGCUUGACCUCUCGCAUAACCAGUUGGAAGGACCCAUACCCAGCUCCUUCUCGUCGCUGUCUCUGUCCGAGAUCAAUCUGUCAAAUAACAAGCUGAAUGGGACGAUUCCGGAGCUCGGUUCCCUCGCCACAUUUCCAAAGACCCAGUAUGAGAAUAACACUGGUCUGUGCGGCUUCCCGCUGCCGGAGUGCGAUUCGCGUGCUGGUCAGAGCUCUUCUGGUGGCGGCCAGAACAAGCGCAAGGCGUCCCUUGCAGGCAGCAUCGCCAUGGGGCUCUUGUUCUCGCUCUUCUGCAUAUUUGGGCUGGUCAUCAUAGCUAUCGAGAGCAAGAAGAGAAGGCAGAAGAAUGACGAGGCGAGCACCUCCCGUGAUAUCUACAUCGACAGCCGGUCGCAUUCUGGCACUAUGAAUUCCAAUUGGAGGCUCUCUGGUACAAAUGCUCUCAGCAUCAACCUAUCCGCAUUCGAGAAGCCGCUGCAGAAGCUCACCUUGGGCGAUCUUGUUGAGGCCACCAAUGGCUUCCACACCGACAGCCUGAUUGGGGCCGGCGGGUUUGGAGAUGUCUACAAGGCGCAGCUCAAGGAUGGGAGGGUUGUUGCAGUCAAGAAGCUAAUACAUGUGAGUGGGCAGGGUGACCGGGAGUUCACGGCCGAGAUGGAGACCAUUGGCAAGAUCAAGCACCGCAACCUCGUCCCGCUCCUUGGCUACUGCAAGAUCGGCGAGGAGAGGCUGCUGAUGUAUGACUUCAUGAAGUAUGGCAGCUUGGAGGAUGUGCUGCAUGACCGCAAGAAGACUGGGAUAUCACUCAACUGGGCAGCAAGGCGAACGAUCGCCAUUGGGGCAGCAAGGGGAUUGGCGUUCCUCCACCACAACUGCAUUCCACACAUCAUCCACCGAGACAUGAAGUCGAGCAAUGUGCUUGUUGAUGAGGGUCUAGAGGCAAGGGUGUCUGAUUUCGGUAUGGCGAGGAUGAUGAAUGUGGUGGACACACACCUGAGUGUAUCCACUCUCGCCGGCACCCCUGGGUAUGUGCCUCCAGAGUACUACCAGAGCUUCCGAUGCACCACCAAGGGCGACGUGUACAGCUACGGCGUCGUCUUGCUGGAGCUGCUCACCGGGAAACCGCCGACGGAUUCAGCAGAUUUUGGUGAGGACAACAACCUCGUAGGAUGGGUGAAGAUGCACACGAAGCUGAAGAUCACCGACGUGUUCGAUCCAGAGCUGCUGAAGGAUGAUCCUUCCCUGGAGCUCGAGCUGCUGGAGCAUUUGAAAAUCGCGUGUGCGUGCUUGGACGACAGGCCGUCGAGGCGGCCGACGAUGCUCAAGGUGAUGACGAUGUUCAAGGAGAUCCAGGCUGGGUCAACGGUGGACUCGAAAACCUCGUCGGUUGCCACGGGGUUGAGUGAUGAUCCAGGUUUCGGGGUCAUGGAGAUGACCCUCAAAGAAGCCAAGGAGGAGAAAGAUUAGAAAAGAUGAUGACCACUGGCAACAUACGGCUGGCUGGCUGGCGGACGGCGGUGAUCGGCAGCAACACGUCCAGUUUGGUGGCGAAAUGCCCGUAGAAAAACAUCAGUCGUUCAGAUGGAUGCCAUUCUGGAGCUUCCAGGCAAGCUUUAGCAUUUGCUUCUGAUGGUACACGAACAAGAUUUUUUCCCCCUUGUAGGUUUGGUAAGCUGGAAGUUGUCAUGUACCUAUAGGAGUAGCUCACUUUCUUUCCCAGCUUUCUUCGGCUCCUUGUUUAUUUUUCUGGUUGGCCCUUCAAGUAAGAUCGAGCGGUGUAUGUACAUAUAUAAAUGGUGGAAUUUUC